AUGUCUAAGUCAAUUAAGGGAUUAAAUUUAAGUUAGGAUGUGUUGGCAUAGGAGUUGGAUGCAUAAAGAAGAGAUAGGAUGAAAGCAAUAUCGACUCAUAAAAACAUAAAGGAUCGUCUUGAUAGAAUGGAAUAGGAAAGAGAUAUGUUUGGGAAUGAGAAUUUUUUAGUGAAGAGGAGGUUGUCUGAUGAUAAAAGGGAAUUUAUAGACUUGAUUGAAUUUCAUAAAAAGGAAAAGGAGGAGUUAAGAGAGGAGAAGCAAAAAAUAGAGUACGAGUAUGGGGUAUUGCAAAGGAAAAUGUUUGAUAUAGAUGAAGAUUAUAAAAAAAUGAUGGAUAAAUAAAGACAAAUUUUUGAGACAGAUAAAUAACCAUUAAUUGAUAAAAUAAAGUUUUUGGAAGCCAGGUUGGAGAAGAUCGAUGGUUUUCUUCAAACUAAGGCUGAUUUAGAAAGCGAAAGAGAAAAACUGAUCGAAACCUUAGCGCAAGAAAGGAGAGAUAAGCAGAGGGAAUUGGCAGAUAAGGAGAAAGAGAAAGUCAAGGAAACAAGUAUAGAAAUGAUUAUGAAUUAAAUAGAUCAAUUGAGGAAAGAAAUGGAAAAUAAGGUUCAGGAAACCAAGUUAUCAGAAAGAGCAUAAUAAAAAGAAUAAUUGGAAACAACUACUAGAUUAACAGUUUUAUAAAAUUAUUAAAUGACUACAGAGUUAGAAUACCAAUCAAAAUAGACAGGAAAAUUAUUGGGAGAAAGCACAAAGUUAUAAGAGUAAGUAACAAGUUUAAAGAGAGAUAUCGAAAUACACAAGUAAGUUGAAUAGGAAUUAGCAAAAAGAUCUCAUUUUUCUUAGAAAUUAAUUAAGAAAUUGUCAUCAAGAAUCAAGGAUUUAGAAGACUAAUUAGAAUAGAAGGAAUUUGAACAUUAGGAAUUGAAUUCUUAAUAGGCCCGUUAAGAGAUGGAGAAAAUUAGGGAAACAGAAAUUAUGUAAUUGGAAAAAAAAAUAGCCUAAUUAUAAAAUGAUAAUGAAAUUUUAAGAAGUGAGAAUAAUCAUUUACUUACAAAAUUAGAUACCAUAAGAUUGGAUGAGAAUAAAUUUGCUAAUUUAUCAGCUAUUUUAGCAAGUAAUUUGGAAUAUUUAAAGAAUAAUUUUAAUCAUGACAUUAGUGAAAUUAUUGAUCUAUCAGAAUUACGAGAUAAGAGUGUAAGUCAAUGGACAUCGAAUUAGAAAAUAACAAUAAUGAGUAUUUUAUUAAGAUAAACUUAAUAAUACUUGACAAAGAAGAAUUUAAAUAUAUCAGAUACUAAUUAGAUUAACAUUAAUCAUACAAUGACUGAGAAUGCUACAAUAGUAGACAAUAACAAUAAGUCAUUCUAUUUUCCAAGUACUUUAUAACUUAAUUGCUUAGAAAUUAAAUCAGAGGAGGACCAAACAACCUAGUUAAGUUCAAAGAGAUUUUAAGGAGUCCCACUUGACAUUAGCAAUUCUAUUGUUAAGAGCAAUUUGAGAGAUUGGGGAAAGCCAUCAGCAUUAUAGCAAUCUAGUUAAUUAUUACGAAAAUAUAAGUUAAAAUGA